CGGCCCCGCUGAGCCAUGUUCGCCCCGCUGCUGCUGGCACUGCCGGCCCUGGGGGGCUUUGCCCUGGCCUCGUUCUGCCUCCGCCGCCGGCCCCGACUCCUGCACCGGCCCCGCCAGCCCCCGUUCCCCUGCCGUCACGUGUCCCACCGCGGGGGCUGCGGCGAGAGGAUCGAGAACACCAUGGAGGCUUUUACCAACGCGGUGGCCCAGGGGACCCAGCUGCUGGAGCUGGACUGUCAGCGCACGCGGGACGGGGUGGUGGUUGUGUCCCACGACCAGAACCUGCAGCGCCAGGCGGGCCGGGACCAGAACAUCCGGGAGCUGGACUAUGCGGAUCUGCCCCUCUACAGGGACCCGCUGGAGGUGACCUUCUCGCCUGGCGCCGUCUCCCACGGCUCUGACCACCGUAUCCCGCGCCUGGAAGACGUUUUCCAGAAAUUCCCCCACAUCCCCAUCAACGUGGAGAUCAAAGAGGACGACGAGGAGCUGAUCCGGCAGGUGGCUGAUCUCGUCCGUCGCUACCGUCGCUCCCACAUCACCGUCUGGGCCUCCUUCCAGAGCAAAAUCCUCAAGAAGUGCAAGGCAGCCAACCCCGACAUGCCCUACAUCUUCUCCCUGCAGCGUGGCCUGCUGGUGCUGCUGCUGUACUACACUGGCCUGCUGCCCUUCGUGCCGCUGCCCGAGUCCUUCCUGCAGUUCCUGCUGCCCUCCAUCAUCAACAGGACCUAUUUCCCGGUGCCUAAAGGCUGCAUGGGAAAUCUGCUGGCAAAAUUCACCCACAGGGUCACCAUGAGGAAGAACUCUUCAAACAUCUGGAGGACAGAGGAAUUCAGGUGCUCCUCCGCUACGCGGCUUUCUCGUUCCGCCGAGCAGCGCCUCAUUUGCAUGCCGCCUUCCCAUUGGCGGCGGGGGCUGGCGCGGAGGCUGCUGGGAGGAGGGGGCGGGGAGUGCCAGCUGGUGUGUAAACAAGCCCUAGAACCUGCGCCGAAGCCGCGGGGCUGUGUCUGGGGGGGCCCCGCGCUGCGCCCCCGCCCGGCCCCUCACCCUCAGCGAGAGGAACCCGCCCGGCAGGGGCCAGGCCCACAGGAGCUGCUCUGCCCACGGGCCGGGCCCCUCCCGGCCGGAGUCUUCCCGGGCCCGGCUGGCGCCAUGGUCCGGCUUUCCAAGCCCAAGACGUUCCAGGCCUACCUGGACAACUGUCACCGCAGAUACAGCUGUGUGCACUGCCGGGCACAUCUGGCCAACCACGAUGACCUCAUCUCCAAGUCUUUCCAAGGGAGUCAGGGAAGAGCUUAUCUCUUCAACUCAGUGGUGAAUGUGGGGUGUGGGCCGGCUGAGGAGCGGGUGCUGCUGACAGGGCUGCACGCAGUAUCCGACAUCCACUGUGAGAGCUGCAAGACCACACUGGGCUGGAAAUAUGAACAAGCCUUCGAGAGCAGCCAGAAGUACAAGGAGGGGAAAUACAUCAUCGAGCUGAGCCACAUGAUCAAGGACAACGGCUGGGACUGACCCUGUCGCCCAGCCCCACUGCACUGGGGGCGGGGCCUUGUACCAUCGUACCCAUGGAAACCAGCAGCAAGGCGGGGCCUUGCAGCAUCAGUUCUAGGGAGACUAACUGAGGACGGGGCUCCCUGGCGCCGUUUCUAUGGAGACCCAUCCCAAACCUGGGGACCACCACACCGUUGUGAAGGGGCAGGGCUUUGCUGCACCCUUUCCACAGACAUGAGCACCGCCUCCUAAAUUUGCAUGGGGACAUCACUGAACAUUAAUUAAUGAGCGUUCUUUGGGGGGGCGGCAGGACACGCCCACCAUUAUGUGGGGGGG